AUGGAAGAUCGACCGAGUUAUUCGUCACAUCCAGGUUCGUUUUCUUUUUCUUUUUUCCCAUGGAGAUUUGAAUUUUUAAAAUUUUGAAAAUGGAAAACUAAAACUGAGUGCACUUGAAAUUCUGGGUCACGUGGAAAAAUGUUGAGAAUUAUUGAAAUAUUUUUGUUGUUGAAAAAUUGAAAAAAUUUAUGAAAAAUAGUUUGAAUUUUGGAAUAACUUAGAAGUAUAAAAGUUCUAUAUAAAUUAGGUUAUCUAGUUAGUUUUGAGAAAAAUCUAGAAACUCUAGAAUUCAAAAUUUCUUUGGUAUAAAUAGGUAACUGGAAUCCAGAAAGAUCUAGUUAUCUAAAAGUUCAGGGCGAAUUAUUUAAUGAAAUCAUCCAAAAAAAUUAUCCAAACUCACGAGCUUUCUGAUUACUACAAAAAAUGUUAGCAAAUUGCUUCGUCAUCUUUUCUUUGUCUUCUUCUUCACCCCAUCAAAGAACAAAAGCCUAUUCUAGCUUAGGCUGUGCCCUUCUCUGUGCCCCCGAAAAAAUUCAAUUAUCCUGAUUAAAUUCAAGUAACAACCUAAAAGUACACAUUCUUUUCUUUUCAUUCGAAAAGUUCUCUUUUUAUCCACUCAAGAAGUUUUGGGAAGCCAAUAAAUCUGAAUCUCUGACUCUACUUGAAUAUUCUAAUAAUUCAUGGUCCCCUGGGGGCCCUCCCAAAAAUUCCUUUUUUUUUCUUGCUGCUUUUUCUUGUGGUGUAAGCUGUGGUGUGGUCUUUUUUCGCCCCAAAAAUAGCCAAGAAGAAGCAAAAGAAGAGGAAGAAGAAGGGAAAAGAAGAGGGGAGGGAAAUCGAUUUGGCUCUCUCCGUUUUUGCUCCUUUUUUCUCCUACCCCCACGUCUCCUCUAUUUCAUUUCUUCACAGAGACUCUUCUCUUUUUACUACUACUUUUCUUAGCCUGUUUUUUCUAAAAAAAAAAAACAUUUUUUGAAGAUUUUUCUGUUUUUGUAUGACUUUGUUGAAAAAGGAGAGUUUAGGAUAUCGGGAUUUGCCAAUUUUGUCCUGAACUUCAUCGAAUUCAAAAAAUUCGACUCGAGGUAUCCAAAAUUGUUGGAACUUAUCAAACGGAUUAAUGUAAAAAAUGUUUUCCAAUCUACUAGGCCAGGGGAUUCUAGGCCCUCAAAAUCUUAUUUGUAGUCUUCCGGAAACUAUCUGGGUCACCAAAAUUAUGUUCAUGGGUUUCUAGGUCUCCUUGUUGAAUAAUCUGAUCCGACUUCAAAAAAUUUCGAGCCUCAAUAAGAACCCUAAGAAAUCAACCAAAGAAUACAACAAAAAAAACAAGAAGAAAAAGAAUGAAAAAAGGUCCAAUUAGAGCGAGCGUCUUUUUUCUCUAUCAUCAUCAUUUUUCUGCACUAUAUACACGUCAUUUUAAGUCAAUUCAAUUUGUGAUAUCAUUUUUAUUUUUUUUAAGGUAGAAGUGUAGUGGUGGACGAGGAUCACAAUUCACUUCUGGCCUCCUCGUCGUUGUCAUCAUUGAUACGUGGAACACGUGGACAUUUCAAUAGUUUUAUCGAAUCUGUCGGAAAUGUGAGUUUUGAAUUUUUGAACUGCUUUGAAUAUCAAUUCUGGUUUCUUCAAUUUGUUUCAUGAUUGUACAAUUUUCUAAACUUAAAUGAUUAUUCAAAAAUACACUCACUGACUCCCAAAUAUGUUUUGCAGUGGCUAGUUCCAUCAUCUGGCCGCGAAGACGACGUCGUUUCAUUGGACAGUUGUCAAUCGGGUUUCAGUCCGGUUCACGGGUAUGUGUUUUUCCGAGAAUUUAUUUUCUAGGCACACUUUUUAUUGUUAGUACAAAAGCGCAAGACACAGAAAAAAGAGAAAAAUAUGCUUCAUAUGAUUUAUAAGUUGUCUCCGGGGAUUUUCUAUACAACUUCUGGGCUCAUUCAUAUUUAUUUUUUCUGUCUUCAGCGGACUUUCAAUGGACUCGCCAUCAACUCAUCAUGUUCCCGACAAUUAUUAUGCGGUGACAAUUGGCGAGGCUCAAAUGGUCGUUCUGAAACGCUAUCAAAAUUUACGGUUAAUAGGUUCGGGAGCGCAGGGGAUUGUGUGCUCCGCAUUGGAUACUGUGAGAAAUGAACAAGUGGCUAUCAAGAAGUUGUCACGGCCUUUUCAAAAUGUGACACACGCAAAAAGAGCAUAUCGAGAGCUCAAAUUGAUGAGCUUAGUGAAUCAUAAAAAUGUAAGAACAACUUAUUUUUGGAUUCUGACUUUUAUAUUAUUUUUUACAGAUCAUAGGAAUAUUAAAUUGUUUUACACCGCAAAAAUCGUUGGACGAAUUCAAUGAUUUAUACAUUGUUAUGGAGUUAAUGGACGCAAAUUUGUGUCAAGUGAUACAAAUGGAUUUGGAUCAUGAAAGAUUAUCUUAUUUGUUGUAUCAGAUGUUGUGCGGAAUUCGGCAUCUUCAUAGCGCUGGAAUAAUUCAUAGGGUACGGAUAAUGGGGGUCUUGAAACUUGGAUGGGAUUGUUGGAGAUGUUGAUGAAAUAGUCUGAUAGUUCAUUUUUCACAAGACCGUAAAUUUGCAGGAUCUAAAACCUUCGAACAUUGUGGUACGCAGUGAUUGCACUUUGAAAAUUCUUGACUUUGGUCUUGCUCGCACCGCCGUUGAAGCAUUUAUGAUGACACCAUAUGUAGUCACAAGAUAUUAUCGAGCACCGGAAGUCAUUUUAGGAAUGGGAUAUAAGGAAAAUGUUGAUGUCUGGUCGAUUGGUUGUAUAUUUGGAGAGUUGAUUAGAGGGCGAGUUCUUUUCCCAGGUGGUGAUCAUAUUGACCAGUGGACUAGGAUUAUCGAGCAACUUGGGACACCAGAGCGCAGUUUUUUGGAGCGGUUACAACCGACGGUUAGGAAUUAUGUUGAGAAUCGACCAAGAUAUGCGGCGACACCUUUCGAUGUUUUAUUUUCGGAUAACAUGUUUCCACCAGCAGCAGAUUCAUCAAGGCUAACCGCUGGACAGGCUAGAGACUUGCUAUCUCGAAUGCUGGUGAUAGAUCCAGAACGUCGAAUUUCAGUUGAUGAUGCUCUCCGGCAUCCGUAUGUUAAUGUUUGGUUCGAUGAAGUUGAGGUAACUUCCUAUUUUCCUGAAACAAACUUAUUUUCUAAACCGAAUUUUUCUGAAGGUCUACGCUCCUCCACCAAUGCCCUACGAUCAUAAUUUGGAUGUCGAGCAGAACGUGGAUUCGUGGCGUGAGCACAUUUUCCGCGAACUAACUGAUUAUGCUCGAACACACGAUAUUUUUUCGUGUUGA